UGUUUCUGCAGCAUCAUUUUUCGCUGAAGAUAAGCUAAUAAAGGAGUGUACAAAAGCCGUUAUACAACAACAUUCUCAGUUUAUAGCUGGCUGUGAUGAAAGCUUAAUUUUGACUUGUUCAAAAUCUGCCAGUGGAAGCAUUGCCAGAAGUUAAAAUAAUUUCAUUGCUAUGGAUAACCAACAGUCAGGUAACCGAGCAGAGGAUGACGGCCAAGACAGAAACAUCUGUGAAUAUGUCUAUAUUUUCUUCUCUCUCCUAUGUAUGCUUCCACUGCUCCCCUUGAUCCCAGUUCUAACUCUGAGGACUGUACAGGAGUAUGAGAGGGCGGUGAUUUUCCGUCUAGGGCGUCUGGUUAGUGGAGAAGCCAAAGGGCCAGGUUUGUUUUUUAUCAUCCCUUGUAUUGAUGAGUUCAAACGAGUUGACCUGAGGACACAAACAUAUGAUAUCCCACCACAAGAGAUUUUGACAAAGGACUCGGUGACUGUAGCAGUGGAUGCUGUGGUGUACUACAGGAUACAGAAUGCCAUUUCGUCCCUGACAAAUGUUGAGAAUGUUCACUUGUCAACAGGGCUUUUAGCUCAGAGCACACUUAGGAACACGCUGGGGACGAAAAGUCUGGCAGAGAUUUUGUCACAAAGAGAUGAGAUCAGUGACGCCAUGCAGGCAUCUUUGGAUCAGGCCACUGACCCAUGGGGAGUGAAGGUGGAGAGAGUUGAACUUAAAGAUGUGCGCCUGCCUGUGCAGUUACAGAGAGCUAUGGCUGCAGAAGCGGAAGCUGACAAAGAGGCCAAAGCCAAGAUUAUUGCAGCUCAGGGUGAGCAAGAUGCUUCUAAAGCCCUGAAACAUGCGGCUGACGUCAUCCAAGAUUGUCCGGCAGCUCUUCAGCUGAGAUACUUGCAGACCCUUAACUCUGUUGGCAGCAAAAAGAAUGACACCAUCAUCUUUCCCCUGCCAUUAGAGCUUCUCAGGACAAUGAUGCGUGCCACGCCCACACAUGCGCAUUGAGAGGGAGCCAAGUGCAGUGUUUGACAGUGGGAAUCUGUCACAGUCUCUUCAUGACACUCUUGU